AAAGGUCACGCUGCUUUUGGGCGGCCAUUUCUCGCGGUCCGAGCUGGGCUAGGCGCUCCAGGCACCAGGGACGGACGAAGAGCUGGGUCGGCGGCGAGGAGCCUACAGCGUUUGCUCGUUGUCGCGAUGAGUUUGCCCCUCAAUCCCAAACCUUUCCUCAAUGGAUUAACAGGAAAGCCAGUAAUGGUGAAACUUAAGUGGGGAAUGGAGUACAAAGGCUACCUGGUAUCUGUAGAUGGCUAUAUGAACAUGCAGCUUGCAAACACAGAAGAAUACAUAGAUGGAGCCUUGUCUGGACACCUGGGUGAAGUUUUAAUAAGGUGAAAUCUCAACAACACAUCUGAUUUGUGAUGAAAUGAGAAGAAAUUGCAUGCCACCAUUUUGGAAGAAGUAAGAAUCUAUCCCCGCUUGUGUCUAAAUAAGCACCUCAGUAAAGCCUUCUCAUCACUCAAAUUCAGCAUGUCACAGUUAAUCUGUACAAUGGUCACUUAAAUUAACUUCCAGUUAUCCACCCCUCCCUUAUUUGAAAUAUACAGAAAAGUAUACUAGUCACAAGUAUGUAGUUAAGUGAAUUACCACAAAAGUGCAUUUUCCAGUUAAUCUUUUU